UCCCUGAACAGCGAGGGAAUUUUUUGGACUCCUCUUCUUCACUUCGCAGAAAAAACCCAGCGACAAGGCGGUGAAAGGUUCACAUCUUUGCGCCAUCCUUCUUCAACCUCCCUCGCUCUCGACUGAUAAAGUUCUCUCGCUUCUAAUCGGUGUUCGACAAUGGCCGAUGACGCCUCGCCUGUCCGAAGAGACCCUAUCAAGUCUUCAGUUGGCAAUGUCGCAGCACAAAGGAGGCGGCGACAAGCCGUAGCUGUGGGGAAAGAAAGAAGAGAAUCAUUAGUUCGGGCAAAGCGGUUAUGCAGGAUCGGGGUUAGUGGUAGCGCUGAUGGCGACGGUGACGGGGAAGGUGAUGUCUCCCCUGGCAAUGAUAUGGUGGUUGAUGAGGAGCAGUCUGUUUUGGAAACUCAAACUUCCUCAGCUGUUGAAGAGUUGAAGGCUGCUAUUACGUACCAGGGAAAAGGUGCAAUGCAGAAAAGAGUGAGUGCCCUCCGUGAAUUAAGGCGAUUGUUAUCAAGGUCUGAGUUUCCUCCUGUUGAAGCUGCUCUAGAUGCAGGAGCAAUACCCAUUCUUGUGCAGUGUCUUUCCUUUGGCUCUCCGGAUGAACAGUUGCUUGAGGCAGCAUGGUGCCUUACAAACAUUGCCGCAGGAAAACCAGAAGAAACAAAGGCUUUGUCGCCCGCAUUGCCAAUGCUUAUUGCUCAUAUUGGUGAGAAGAGUUCUUUACCUGUCGCCGAGCAGUGUGCAUGGGCAUUGGGAAAUGUGGCCGGUGAAGGAGAGGAGCUGAGAAACACUUUGCUCUCACAAGGGGCCUUACUACCUCUUGCAAGAAUGAUGCUUCCAAACAAGGGUUCAACUGUGAGAACAGCUGCCUGGGCAUUGUCAAACUUAAUUAAGGGACCUGAUUCUAGAGCAGCGACCGAUCUGAUCAAAAUUGAUGGGGUGCUGGAUGCAAUUGUUCGGCACUUGAAAAAGGCGGAUGAGGAGUUAGCAACAGAGAUUGCUUGGGUAGUUGUGUAUCUCUCAGCCCUGUCAAAUUUUGCUACUAAUUUGCUGGUGAAGAAUGAUGUGGUUCAACUCCUUGUGGAACGAUUGGCAACAUCUAGUAGUCUGCAAUUGCUCAUUCCGGUAUUGCGGGGUUUAGGUAACCUUGUGGCUGGUGAUACAAACACCUCUCAUGCUCUUCUUCUUCCCGGGAGUGAAGUCACAGAUGGGGUGGUGAAGGUCCUCGUAAAAUGUUUAAAGAGUGAGCACCGAGUCUUGAAGAAGGAAGCAGCAUGGGUGUUAUCUAACAUAGCCGCUGGUUCUGUUGAACACAAAAGGUUACUAUAUUCGAGUGAGGCAUUGCCAUGGUUAUUACGCCUCCUCUCAUCAGCCCCAUUUGAUGUAAGAAAGGAGGUGGCAUAUGUCCUGGGAAAUCUUUGUGUUGGCCCAACAGAAGGUGAUGCAAGGCCCUAUCUUAUUCAGGAACACUUGGUUUCACUUGUGGGUGGUGGAUGCCUCUCAGGGUUUAUUGAUCUGGUAAGGUCUGCUGAUAUUGAGGCGGCAAGAGUGGGACUUCAAUUUAUAGAGCUGGUUUUGAGGGGAAUGCCCAAUGGUGAAGGGCCGAAGCUUGUAGAGCGAGAAGAUGGGAUUGACGCCAUGGAAAGGUUCCAGUUUCACGAAAAUGAGGACCUGCGAAAUAUGGCGAAUGGUCUGGUCGACAAGUACUUCGGGGAGGAUUACGGGGAUGAUGAAUUGGCCGGUUAAUUCAAGGAUGACCCUGGUGCUUGGCUUUUGAACUUGCAAUUGUGUACAUUAGGCCUGUGAAAUUAUUGUGGAUCAUUUUAGCUAAUUUUAGGAAGAUGAGAUAGCUGCGAAAGUCCACCUCUUCAAUGUGCAGAUUUUGAUGGGUUUUUCUCUCUCCGGUCAUGGCUUGUCGUAUUGGCUGUGGACGCGCUUGCGGCCUCCUUUGGCAUGUCUUUUGCUGGAAUGUCUUUGCUCAAGGAAAAGCAAUAUAGGGAAUACAUUUUAUUCCA